AUGACUAGCUUUUUCUCCCGGUCUCCCAGACAUCAACAAACCCAAGAUAUGGGAGAUAUUUCCCAAUCGAUGGAGAAUGUUUCCAUUUCAAGCAACAUGAUGGAUAUUGAUACCAGCUAUAGAUCGCCAACUCACAAUAAGUCCAUCUACGGCACUUACAACUCUAGUCCCACUAGAGCCCAUAUCAACAAGGAAAACAUAACACCAAUGAACUCACCAACCAAAUCCAUCGUUCACAACUCACCAGCUGUUGGAACCCCGUAUGCUAAGAAUAAGUACUACCAAUCGCUGCAACCUUCAACUCCAACUCCAGUACACCAAUACGACGUUCUUGCUGCCAGUAACAACAACCAAAACAGGAGACGGACUCUCCAAGACAACAUCAACCAAUUGCAACCACCUCCAAACCAAAAGCACAAGCUAUCACAAGAAGAGUUUUAUAAACGCGUUAAUGAUCCAAAAACUAAAAGGUUAGCUUCAGUGGCGCAGUUGUACUUUUUAGAUUAUUACUGCGAUAUGUUUGAUUAUGUCAUUAGCAGAAGAGAACGAUCAAAUUUAGUCGAGAACAAGCUCCUUAGUGACUCCAACCUCAGCAAAGACCCACAAAGACAGCAAUUGGAAUGGAAAAACUACAUAGGUCGGGAAAGAGCUUUGUUGAGGAAAAGGAGAUUGAAACCAAAACACAAGGAUUUUGAAAUGAUUACUCAAGUUGGCCAAGGUGGCUAUGGACAGGUCUUUUUAGCUAGAAAGAAGGACACGCGUGAAAUCUGUGCAUUGAAGGUAUUGAACAAAAAAUUGCUAGUUAAAUUGGAUGAGACGAGACAUGUUUUGACAGAAAGAGACAUAUUGACAAAUACGAGAAGCGAUUGGUUGGUGAAGCUUUUAUACGCAUUUCAGGAUCCAGAGAAAGUAUUCUUGGCAAUGGAAUUUGUUCCAGGAGGCGAUUUUAGAACAUUGCUAAACAACACGGGUUACUUAAUACCACCACAUGCUAGAUUCUACAUUAGCGAAAUGUUUGCUGCUGUCAAUUCUCUCCAUGAAUUGGGGUUUACUCAUCGUGAUUUAAAGCCAGAAAACUUUUUGAUUGAUUCAAAAGGUCAUAUCAAAUUGACUGAUUUUGGAUUGGCUGCGGGCACUGUGUCAAAUGACCGAAUCGAAUCGAUGAGGUUGAGGUUGAAGAAUUUAGAGGACUUGGAGGAGUAUCAAGUUCCAUCGAGGAUGAUGAUGGAAAGACAAAAGAUUUUCAAACAAAGUCAAGGCCAUCACAACCUAGCCAACUCUAUAGUUGGAUCUCCGGACUAUAUGGCUUUGGAAGUAUUAGAGGGGAAAAGCUACGAUUACACUAUUGACUACUGGUCAUUGGGAUGCAUGUUAUUUGAAGCUUUAUGUGGUUAUCCUCCUUUUUCAGGAUCAAAACAGGAUGAGACUUACCACAACUUGAAAAAUUGGAAGACCGCAUUGCGCAGACCACAAACAAAAGACGGUAGGUACGUGUUUAGCGACCGUACGUGGGGUUUGAUUACCAAGUUGAUUGCAUCUCCAGCCGGUAGGUUACGUACCUUCAAACAAGUUCAGCAAAUGGCAUAUUUUGCAGAUGUCAAGAGCUGGAACAACUUGAGAGAACGUACACCACCAUUCACGCCUCAAUUGGACAACGAAGAGGAUGCUGGAUACUUUGAUGAUUUCGAAGACGAAGAGAUGAUGAUGAAGUACAAAGACGUGUUUGCCAGACAAGAGCAAAAUGAACAGUUGUUGGAGAGAGGCAAUGCCAAAAAGAUUGGCCAAAACAACUUUAUUGGAUUUACAUUCAAGCAUAAGUCGAAUCCAAAUAACAAAUUUGGUACUGGCGAAAUUAAUCUUUUGAAUAUGGGGACCGGAGAGACUAAUUCAAGGUUGAAUCCAUUGGCUACUUUAUAUUAA